CAGAACAGUUGCGUUUGGAACGCGUGAGAGUUAGGUACGUUCAAAAUUGGUGCUUCUGCUCGUAUACGCUUUGAAUUUUAAUAAUAAAUCGAAGAACUAACUAACGCGUCUUAAGCUCAAAAGUAUUGCGUGCACAAAAACAAAAAUAUAAGAGAUGCGUUUCGCGCUUUUGGUUUUCGUGGCCGUUGUUAGUGCGGCAGCGGGCCACAGGUUUGGCAAUUUGCCAACAUCGGCAGGCUAUGCGUUGCCUGCUAGCGUAACAAGUGCUAUUGCUGCAUCGCGCUUGGGUAGUGAAGAGUCAUCGGCUGCUGGCGAUAACUUUGUUUCCAUAAAAGAAACUCCAGCAACAAAAACUACGACAACCACAGCUUCAACAACGGCAAUUGAAUUGGCUGGAGUAACUGAAGGUGCAGCUGCAGGCGAAAGUAAUGGCGGCACCACUACACAAUCCGCGCUACCAACGAACCCUGUGCCCGCUGCUGCAGCUGUAGCUGUUUCUAGUGCUACAACACCGCAUGCCAAACCUUUAAAGGAGGAAGAAACUGCAAGCGAAAUGCUCACUGAGUUACCCAUAUCAUCACCACCAACUGCGCUUUUGCCACCAGAUAGUGAUGUGGACACAACACAGCGUCGUGUCGUUACCUACGAUCAGCGACAGGAGGGUCAGUAUAAUAUACGCGCCGAUUUGGAGAAUUUCAUGAUUGUCUUCAUACCACCCUCGCCAUCAGAGGGUCUCAACUUUCUCGAUUUGCUUGCGAAGUCGGCAAUGAGACGCAAUUCGUUGCGUUCCAAAUCGAAACGUAAACAUUUCACAAACCCCGCUGUCCCAAACAAAUAUCGCCAUCCAUUAAAGUCAUCAGACUCGUUGCCAGGAAGCUUGCAUUAUGUGGCGCGUCGGCCUGCAGCAAACAGUUUGGAUGCAUCGCGUGGUUAUCUGACAGCACCUUCCUAUGCGCAAACGCCCUUUGACGCUUUCAUUGGCUCGCAUUCCUCACCGGCGUCUAUUGCCACAUUGGGCGCAUCUUCAAAUCGCCUAACGGACUUCAUUGAGGGCCGCACAGCAUCACGUUUUGACAUUGGCGCAAACGACGAUCCCGAUCGUCCGGUGGAUGUGCUGCCACCGCCAUAUCCGCUCGCCUAUCAGCAUCUCAUCAAACCAUAUCAUUUAGAAGCUGAGCCCACUGUCAUACAAGCGCUGCCACCGCCGGAGCUGAACGCCGCACCGGCGCACAUUUCCGGUAACUACCUCGAUAGCUACAAUCAAUUGUUGGCACCAGGUCUUUCGGCCGGUGCUAAUGCACCAACAGGCGAUGUGGCUACGAUUUCUACCACUACAACCACUGCAACGGCUAUACCCACUGACAGUGGGGCCGGCUAUUAUCGCCUUUCGCGAGCCAUACGUGGUGAUAAUUAUCUUGACUCGAAUCGCGUCAGUUCGCCGAAUAGCAUACAUCACACCAACGCCGAUUUACAGCCUGUUUACCGUGCCGAGCACUCAUUAGGUGCUACGUACCUAUAUCCGCCGAUUGAUACGCCACGCAUCUAUUUCAAUCCCGAGUCGAAUGCUAAAGGUUUCGAAGCACCCCAUGAUGCUAUAGAACGUUCGCAGUUGGUGGACGAUGGCGAUGAUAAUGCACGGAUCGGUGAGUUGUAUGUGCCGCCACGCGAACUGAAGGAUGACAUUGAAUGGGAGCACUUCUUUGAUACUAUCGUCAAGGAAGCAAACGAUUCACUGUGCAUGCCCGGCCAACGACGUGAUAGCUACGGUAGAUGUCGCCAAGUUGAGGGCUACUAAGUGGCAAGACUGUACUGAUGCAAUGCAUACUAUUAACACUUUAAUAAAGUAAUACAAUUAGUGAAUUUGAGCGAAAUCGAAUUAUAAAAUAUUUAGUUUUUAAGAAUCGAAGUUGGAAGACAAUUUUCCAAACAUUAACUUAGGCCUAAAAGAUACUGCAUUUCGAAUAUAAAAUACAAAUGAUUUAAACAAUUUUUUUAUUUUUGUAUGUCAUUAGUGAAAAGUGUUAAAUAAAAUGGAUGAAUGAUUAAACACA